UUCUUUAUUAAAGCUUGGGAGCGUGUUAUUGGGUUGGCUGGUACUAUUAGUGAGGGUACCAAGUUGGAGCUGCUGCAUCAAAGUAUUAAGGGCUCUGGUAGAAAAAUUGCUGAUGCCUAUGUUAAUGGUGUGAAAACGUCUUAUCCGGGUCUCAAAGAAUACCUUCGGACUACUUAUGAGCUUUCUACCCAGUGUAGACGUGUUAAAGUUUUAAAGCGUUAUAAUGCGUUGAAACUUAAUAGUCAGCCAUCUUUGACCGACUUUAAGAAGUUUCAGGCUCAGUGGAUUCUGGCUUGCCAACAACUCGCAGAGCUUGGCAUUGGUCUGGAGGAUAAUAAGAAGACCUUGGACUUCUUAGAGAAGCUCCCGAUUGAGAUCACCCGAUAUGUUAAUCUGCAAUAUAAGGAGGUCAUAGAGAAGGUUGACAUUGACAGAUGA